AUGGAUCCCACAAGAGCGCCGGAUUUUAAACCACCUUCUGAAAAUGAGGAACCGCAACCUCCACCAGAUCCCAUUUCUACUAUCCCGAAGUCUAAACCGAUAGUGCCAUACGUGCUAGCGGAUUACAAUUCCUCGAUAGAUGCGCCGUUUAAUCUUUCGAAUGUGUACAAGAAAACGUCGUCAAAGACUGAAUUGAGCGAUUUAGAGACCCUACGUGGCCAGGAUGGUACCGUUCAGCGUCGUUCGCAUCAUAUGCCAUUUACUAUGACGGAUUUCCAGCCGCUUUCUGCCGACAUUUCAUCCGAUGAAUACGAAAGUGGAGAACUUGACGCAAAGCUGUUCUCGCUCGAUCAGAAUACUAAUAACGAUUCAGUUAUAAGUAUUGGUGUACGAAAGAAUCAAAUUGCAGAUUUAGAGGAGGUCCCCCAUGGGAUAGUGAGACAAGCCAGAUCAAUUACUGAUUAUGAAUUUCCAACUCACAGAUUGUCAAAGAGGUUACAAAACUCGAAUAAAUUACCGCUGGUCAUCGUUGCGUGCGGAUCAUUUUCUCCAAUUACAUAUUUGCAUCUUAGAAUGUUUGAAAUGGCAUUGGACGCGAUUUCGGAACAGACAAGAUUUGAGGUCAUUGGUGGUUACUAUUCGCCAGUAAGUGAUAAUUAUCAAAAACCUGGUUUAGCAUCGUCAUUUCAUAGAGUCAGAAUGUGUGAACUGGCCUGUGAAAGAACUAGCUCGUGGUUAAUGGUUGAUGCCUGGGAGUCAUUACAGCCUAAUUAUACUAGAACGGCUAAAGUUUUAGAUCAUUUUAAUCAUGAAAUCAAUGUUAAGAGAGGUGGCGUUCGCACAGUUACAGGUGAAUCAAUGGGUGUCAAAAUCAUGCUGUUGGCUGGUGGUGAUUUGAUUGAAUCAAUGGGUGAACCAAAUGUAUGGGCUGAUGCUGAUUUACAUCAUAUUUUGGGAAAUUACGGUUGUUUAAUUUUGGAAAGAACAGGCUCUGAUGUUCGUUCUUUCUUGUUGUCUCAUGAUAUAAUGUAUGAACAUAGAAGAAAUGUUUUGGUUAUCAAACAACUUAUCUAUAAUGACAUUUCUUCAACCAAAGUGCGUCUUUUCAUAAGACGUGGUAUGUCUGUACAAUAUUUGUUGCCGAAUUCAGUCAUUAGAUACAUCCAAGAGCAUGGUUUAUAUGUUAACCAAACAGAACCAGUCAAGCAAGUAAUGAGUACAAAGAGCUGA